UGUCAUUUGACGCCUUUGCACGUGCGGUACAUGCGCACGCGCUGCUCAGUCGCAGACACUCUGCCGCGUGUGACGGUUGAUCGCAAAUUAUAUUCAGCUUUCGAACUACUGAAGUAUAUACGCGGUUUCUUUAUUAAAAAUUUUCUUUAAACAUUAUUUUAAUGGCCAGCAAAUCGAAUGGUGUUGAGACAACGGUAUGGGCUCGUGGUCCACCGCCAAAUAGAUCAUGUGGGGAGAAAUUUUUGAGGGCGAUAUAUGACCAGGAUGAAAACACAUUUCUGGGCCGAACGCCUAAACGAUGGGCCAUUGCUAUAACGUUCUACCUCGUGUUCUACGCGGUGCUGGCGGUGAUGUUUGCCAUUUGCAUGGGUGGACUGUUUUAUAUCCUCGACGAUAAGAAGCCAACAUACAUACUCGAUAGUUCCCUGAUUGGAGCGAAUCCAGGAGUAUCAUCUCGUCCUCAACCGCUAGAUUUCGUUGUCCAUUAUUCUACAGAAAACACCACGGGCCAUGAUUUCUACAUGCAAGAUAUACAGGACUUUACUAAAUCCUACGCUAACGAGUCGUGGUUCAAUACAAAGAAAGAGUGUACGGUAGAAGAUAACUUCGGUUUCCCAGAAUCGCCUUGCUUCUUCAUAAAGUUAAAUAAGAUUUAUGGCUGGAAACCAGAUUACUAUGUUAAAGAUUUCCCAGAAGAUAUGUCAGCCGAUUUAGUUGAAUUCAUUAAUGGCCUUCAAGAGAUUGAACGUCAACAGGUCUGGGUGUCGUGUUGGGAGGAACAUUCCAAAAACGACACGAAGAUAGAGUACCCUUGGGGGCGCGGCCUGCCGGGACGUUUCUACCCGUACCUCAAUGAGGAUGGCUACAUCAGCCCAGUGUUGCCAAUUAAACUAACUCCACCAGUGAACACAUUAGCAAUCAUCCGAUGCAGGGCGUGGGCCAAGAACAUCAUCUACAAUAAGAGCCUCAAGGAGCCCACGGGCUACGUCCGCAUACUACUGCAGAUAGAUGACAACACAUCUGUUAACACUACAGAAAUAUCAAUUGAAUAACGAUAACAACUAGCACCCGUAGUACAAAGUACGUUAGUUGAAUAUAUGUAUACAUACAAUAGAUAUAAUAAGAAAUUUUCAGUCAAACAAGUAAUGUAUUAGAAUGUUUGUUUAUAUCUGUGUAUACAUAUGUAGUAGAGGAUAUUUUUUUAAGCGAUAUGUAACGUGCAUAUUUCCAAAAUCCGCAAAUAUGUUUCUACUCAUUACCGGACCCGGUCUUAGAUAUCCAUGACUCCUAGACACUUUGACAUUUGAAUUUGAAUUGGCUUCAUUUCGAAGCGGUUAGAGUAAAAUUAUAUUAUUUUCGGCUGGUCCCUCGUCAAGUGUAUUGUAGGCGUAGGGAUAAAUCCAGGGCUGUUCGUUACUGUAUGUAAGCAGUGGAUAUGUUUUGUUUCGAUUACGUCUCGUUUUUUAUGUACACGCCGAUAUCUUUACUACCAACCCUUAUUUCACUCUAGCAGUAAAAGUUAUUGUUAUUGGGUGAAAUAUAUUUAUUUCCUGUUUUUAUUUUUUUUUGUUAACUAAUCGGAAGUACGAUUUAAUAAAUUUUUUUUAAAUGCUUAAAAAAGUCAUUGCCAUUGCAAAAAAAUCCCCAAAGUGCUGAUUCUGUCAACAGUGCCUUCUUAAGUCGCAUAGAAAAAAAGGAUUUAUAACAGAGCAUAACACAUAUUUCUUAUAUUUUGGCUGUAUGGCGAUAUAUUAAUAUAAACCCUGGCCUCCUUAACUCUUUUUAUUUUUUUGCUAUUUAAAUUGGUACUUGAAUUCAGACAAAUGUGUAUCGCAGUGUUACCAAUGUCAUACCACAAAGUUCAUCAAAGGUUUGGAAUACCAAAUGGAUUGAACAAAAUUCACGUUUAAUUUCGAAUAACGAGCUUAGAAAUGAGUCUGAUAGCUGGACUUGAAUAUCGAUAUUUUUAAUAAAGCUAGCUGGUGGCUACUUUUGUUGCACUUAAAGUUGUCCAUAGAAACGGUAAGCAAAGAGGAAAUAAUAUACUGUAUAAAAAAUACGUUGAAACAUAUGUUAAGAAUAUAUAAAAUGCCAAAAUAAUGUUGUCGUAUUAGAUACAAAAUUAUUAAAUAUAAUAAUUUAAAAAAGAAAAUUUCAUUUCAAGUUAUAUUUUAUUAACGAGACAUAAAUAUUAUUUGGAUUAAAUUUAUUAAAACAGAAGUACAUAGUCGUAACUUCCUUGACAUAAACUUAUUAUAAUUUACAGUUUAAUGGGCCGACUCGAUUAUUAUCAUAAUAUUAUUAAAAUAAAGUACUUUUGUAAACAAAUUUGAGGGACAAAAGCGUAAACUGGAUUACGUUUUUUUAGACCUCAAAACCUAUUCAAAAUAUAUAAAGUGCUUGGAUAUAUAGUUGAACUCGUUCAACCGACUAUAUUACGCAAAAUAAGACAAAUAUAAAAAAGUUCUAAAUAAAACUUAUAGAAUAUGUAUUUAAUUUAUAUUUUAAUUCUUAUAAUGUUUUGCGUACGAUACGAUCAAGCUAACGGCUAAGGCCUCCAAGCGACAAAUGGGAUUAACACUUAAAGAGGUUGUGUCUUAAAAUUCAAAUGUAUCCUCAUUGAAGAUCCGGUAAUAAGGAUUUGUAAUAAUUAUUUUGUUUUACAAGUCUUUCCUGAAUUAUAAUUAAAUUUUUCAUCUGAAAUUUCACUAUUAGUAAAAAUAUAGAAACAUAAAUAUCCCUGAACAUAUUAUCAUUUUUUAUUAUUUAAUUAAUAAGGAUUAAUAUUAUCUUUAAAUAAAGGAGUUUUAUUUCUCAUAAAAUAACCAAAGAUAUGUUUAAAAAUAAAUUAAUCUGUUCAUUCGUAUUUAGACCUCGUAUAUCAUUCCUGUCUACUUUAAUUUAUUUAUAAUAACAUUUUUUUUGUAAAAAAACUAAUACUUAGUUAUAAUAUACAUAGCUUAGAUCUUUUUUUUUUAUUAUUGACUUGACCUUAAGAAAAAUUAUAAGUUUUAAGAAAAUUUGUUAAUAAUAAGCUUCAAAGAUUUUUAAUAUUUUUUGACGAUCCUAUUUCGUAACA